GUAUUUUGCAAAUCUUAUUGGAAUCUGAGGAAUCGAGUCCCAGAUCUUGAAGAACGACUAAGUAACGCAAUACACGGUCGAAAUGGUUGGAGGAGGAGGUUUCUGCAGAUGCUGAGAUUGCGAAAUGAAUGCAAAGAACUUCAUCACCAUGCUGAAGACCAAAUUGAGACGAUACGUGGAUUGGAGCGACAGAGGAAUGAGAGGAAAGCGGCAUAUGAUGAGCUGUUGGGCGAAUUCAGGGCAUUGCGUCAAGCCUCAACUGCCUUGAUAUUGGCAGGGGGUCCAGCUAGAACGACAGAAAAGCUGCUUCGAGUCUCUGCUCAAACAAGGGAUUUGCAUCGUAAACAGAUCCAGACUCUUGUUGCUUCGUUAAAAGAAGCUGGUGCCGAGAUAGCAACACUCAAAGACAAAGUCAAAACUUUGGAAGAAGAUCUCCAAACCGUCAAUGAUGGCAGGGCAAUAAUGUUGUGGCGAGAUACGGCAAAAGAAAAUAUUGAAUUGAGGAGGCAGGCACACGAAGAGAUUUUGGAAAGAGAUAUGAAGAUUCGAAAUUUGAGGGACCAUCGAGAUGAAAGUGCUGUAACAUCACUUAGUUUGGAUUCCAGAGGACAACAAAUCUUGCGAAAAUUGCAAGAGAAUUUAAUCAGUGCGGAGGAUAAACUUGCUCAUUUCGAAAUGAUAGUCGAGAAAUCAAACUACGAUGAGGUCAAAUAUAAAGAAGAGAAGGAGCAAAUCAAGAUGGAUGCAUUGUAUGGAGAGUCUGAGCGGUUGGGGGAGUUGUAUACAAAUGCAGUCAUCGAGGCUAAUGAGUUAAAUGAGGAGUUGAAGAGAUUUGAAUUUUCUACAGAUCCGGAAUAUGAUAUUGAGGCUGUUCAACGUCACUGUAACGAAGAAAAGGAAAAGUUAAAACGUGAGAUUGCGGACAAGAACAGGCAAAUUUCUACAUUUAAGGCACAAAUUGACCAUUCGAUGGGCUCUAUGAACUGGGCUGAUAACAGAUUUGCGCCUCUGGACAAAUACUUUGGUUUUAUCCCUGGCGCAAAAAAGGAGAUCAGACGCCUGUCAACUGCGAUUGAGCAGGGGCUUGAAAUGGUAGAUCAAACGCGUUACUUGGAAAAUUUGACUAUUGAAAGGGAUCGUUUGCUAGAUGAGAUGCAGAAUUUCCGAGCGAUUCAAGCCGAGCUCUUGCAGAAUAAAACUCAGAAUGAAACGGAGCUAGUCACAUUAAGGGAUCGGGUGGCUCGACGGAAUACACAAGUGACUAAUCUGAAGACACGAAACACGAACCUGCAAGCCCAACUCAUAGAAGCACAAGCGGUAGUACCACCAUUGGGAGAAGAACUGAAGAUUGCGGGCAUAGCGGCUCCCGUUAUGGCAAUUUAUGUAAGGAAUCUUCUAGCCUUGGAGAAAGAAAUACGAGAAAGGGGUAGAGAAAUACCAGAGUAUCCAAGCAUUCCUGGAUUUGAUGGUGUUGGAGGUAUAGAAAGAGAGCCUAUAGAAAUCUCUGUAGUGAGAAUUUGCGACCAGCUCAAAGUGAGAUUUCACGAUCUAUCAAGAAUGGUAAGAGAGUGUGAUCCUCCAUGCCUAGGAGCGACAGAUGACUGGGUGGAUGAUAAUACGGACAGUCCAGAGAAUUUGAACGCGCGUAGGCUUGGUCAAAUAUUAAGAUUGAAAGACCUUUGGGGUUAUAUUGGAACAUUACACUUCGACACUAUUCUUUUCGUCCACAAAAUCUGCCGAAAUUUCGGUAUAGAACCAGAUGUUGAGCUGCCAGAGAAACCCCAAUCUCCCUCGCCUUCACCUUCCCCAACUCCCUCGCCCCCGCCUCCCCGUUCUAGAGAUGGAGAUCUAUUUCCAGCAACAUUCACACAUUAUGAGGUAUUUGAUAUCGAGAGAUGGAAUGUAUUUCCACAUGACCAGGAGAAUAUUACUCCUGCUUUAAGUGUCAUAUCGGCAUUGCAACUAUCCAUCCAAGAACAAUUACCGGAUCAUGAUGCAGGCUAUCUUGAACCCAUUGCAUAUGAGCGUCACUUAGUAGGCACGAUAGGCAGAAAUAUUACUUUCCUAAUCGACCCAAUUCAUGAGCGCCAGGUGGCUGAAGCUUUGUAUAGGAUCAAUCAUUCAUUUGUUCUAAGGACCGUCACACAAUUCCCUCGACGAAAUGGUGGUUCCAGAUAUUUAUCCCGAGAAAUUCUGUAUCCGAACACCUUGGAAGUGCCUCCACCGAGAACGGUCGUUGUAUUGUACUUAUCUGGUAAUUGUUGGCAGGGUAUGAGCUUGAAGCCAGUUGAGUCUGAUAAUGGAUCAGAGAACGGAUUGGAUGACCGAAUUCCUACGCCAGAGCUAGAAUCACCUGUGCUGAUGGAAUUUGAUUUGACAGACUGGAAAAUAGAUUAUGUAGUCGAAAGAUGGAAAGUCCCCGGACAGGCUGUUAUGCGUGAGGGUCUAUUUUCAAUAAGUGCAGUAGCAAGUUCUUUGCAUUGGCAGUAUCCAGGAGUGUUAUGGAAUAACAUAGCAGCGAACGAGGCCUACGAGAAUCUCUUUGAAAGAUUCCAGAGAGUUCAUCCACAUUACGAGGGAGAUUAUUUGCCGGAGCAUAUUCAAGUGGUUUUGGAAGGUAUACUAGGAGACGAAAAUAACAGACCACAUUACAGACUCGCAACCAUCACCCCACACGAGAUAGCUGAUGGAGAUGUGAGAUGUUUUGUGAGUAUUUAUGGGGGUGAAUCAGAUAGACCCUUGCUUUACGUAUCUUACAAUCCGGGAGUUCACUGGAGAGGCAUGCGAAGAAUGCGGGCUGGUGAUUCUAAAGACGUGAUUGAAGAUUUAGAAUGGUGUUUCUCAGUUCAGCAACUACCAGUUCAGGAAUUACCAGCCAACCGUAUGAUUAUUGACGAGCCAAUUGAUACACCACCAAUACUACCGGCUACAAUUUUGCCAAGAAAUGAGAAUUAUGGCAUGAAUUCUAUCAAAGUCCCAUUCAAUCAAGAUGGAUGGACCUUUGAUAUCGAUCUAGAACAUUUCAACGAAGGCCUAAGACGUGGUGAUAAUCAAGAGCCCUGAAUACAUGGUUGCGCCCCACGAGCAUUGUAUCAUUCGAUACACCAUCAAUAUCCAGACUAUAUGGAAGGCAAUCUCACUCUAGAAACAAUAUCUCAGGCGUUUGAUGAUGUUUUCCCACGGCACGAAAAUUCUUGGAAAGGUGAAGAAGUCGCUAGAGUACUCGGAGGACAUCCGGCAUUGGGGGGAUAUGAACUUGCUAUUGUCAAUUGUUCGCUUUAUGACGAUUGCACUAUCGUUGCUAUGGAUUGGUCCCAACCACAGGGAUAUAGUCCUGCGAGUGGCAAAUUAUUGUAUGUUGCAGCAGUUAAUGAUCUACGAGUGGGAUAUUGUCAGGAAGACAACAGACACCAUUGGACGGGUAUGAAAUAUCGAGAUGUAGAAGCAGUACCAAAUCCUCGAUUAUUCACACCUCAACCAGCCGUUCCUCUUUCAAAGCCAUCAAAAUCAAGAUUCAUGUCUCUACUGAAUGCAGCGACAAGCAAUUCGGCAUCGAAGAAGAUACCCGCACCCAAGAGCAGCGCAUCUACCUGGUCUAAUUUCGAUAGUUCGCAAAGCUUUGUAUCUCAAUCUGGUCAAAAAUGGGUUCCACCGUCGACUGGACCGUCUAAUGUUCCUAUAACUAUGAUACCCUCUUCUCAAAUGGGGAAACAGUUUGGAACUGCCGUUCAACAACAAAAUCAGCUACCACCACCAAGCUUACACUCCGCUUCAUCGUCCUUCAAAGUGAAAUAUUGGUCACCAUUUGGUACGACUGCACAGCAGCAACAACAACCAGGCUCACCAACAACGUUGAACCCCUAUCCAGCACCUGUCCCCUUUGGCGAAUUCUUUAUUCAGCCAACACAGCUACAACAGCAGCCGCCACAGUCGUCGCAGCAAGGUCAAAAUGCACAGAAACAAGUACGUUUCGGUACAAACACUGUUAGCAAAGAUGAGCAACUGGAACUCGCGCGUAAACUUCAAGCAGAACAAGGUCGUGGAAACAAACAUUCUAGGAAAGAUAUGGAGUCGAAGAGAACACAUGGAGCUGACAUGGAAACGGGAAUGGGCAGGGAGAAUGUGAGAGGUAGGGGAAGAGGAAGAGCUAGAAAACAGAAAAUAGGUAGAGGAAGUGGUAGAGGGGAUGAUGGAGGGGGGAGAGGCAAGGGACGAGGUACUAGAGAUGGAGGUGGAAGAGGUAGAAGAGACGAUGGAGAGACUGGAGGGGGGAGAGGUAAUGGAAAAGGAAGAGGGAAGAGUAGGGGAGAAACAAGGAACCAUUGGGAGAAAAAGGACGAUGGUGGUUCUGGCGGCGGAGGAGGCGGCGGACGUAGUAAUGUUGCCAGUAUUGAAUGGGAAGAAGAGCUUUGA